AUGUCUGGGGCGGUGGCGGUGGCGCCGACGGCUAGCAAGCGUCCGGCACCGGACCAAGAAGCACGCGCUGCUGCUGACGCGAACAAGCGACUGCGGCACUGCGGUCCCCGAAGCAUCCACGAGUUCGAGCUGUUAGAGGUGCUCGGUGAGGGUGCCGAAGGCGUCGUGCGCAGGGGGCGCGACCGCCGCACCGGCAAGAAGGUGGCGCUCAAGUGGAUCAGCGGCGAUGGGCCCGACGGCCACGGGCCUCCUGACCGCCGCGCGCUCGCCAUGGAGGCCGGCUGCCUCCACGCGUGCCGCGGCCACCCCUCGAUCAUCGGGAUCCAGGAUGUCGCCGCCGACCCUAGCACUGGGGACGUCCACCUUGUGUUGGAGCUGGUCCACGGCGGGAAGCCCGCCGGGAAGGCGCAUGAGACCUCCCCCGUCGGGACGCUGCAGUACAACGCGCCGGAGCUGCUCGACGGCAAUUGGUACUACGGCCCGGCUGUCGACAUGUGGGGCCUCGGGUGCGUUAUGGCGGAGCUUCUAAGCGGUGAGACUCUGUUCCACGCAGAGACACAUGAGGAGAUGUUUGACGAGAUGUCCGAGCUUCGAGAUCGGAUGACCUCUGCAGCCGGAAAGCUUGAUCCAGAAUGUUUGGUAGAUCUGUCGGAGAUUGGGCGUGAUGUGCUGACGGGCCUGCUGGCCUUCUGCCCUGAGAAGAGGCUCACCGCGGCGGAAGCGCUUGAGCACCCGUGGUUCAAGAACUUCAAGUCACCCUGGACACAUGACAUUGUUUAG